CAACACAUCGGUGAUGGAGCAGCGUCUGUUCAUAAUCCUGUUUUUCACAGGAUUCGUCCCUCUCGUCGUGUCUGUGCCUCGUAAGUACUACCUGAUCCAGCAGGGGAAAACGUGGAGCAAAGCUCAGGCUUACUGCCGAGCCACACGCACCGACUUGGCUGUCAUAGAAAACAACGAGGACAUGGUCCGACUUCAGACUGAAGCACAGAGACAACAGUUCAGCUCCAGUGCUUGGAUUGGACUGUACAAUGACAUCAACAGCUGGCGCUGGUCCUUGGGAAACGAGCCACUGGGAAGUAUGAGACUGUGGACUACAGUAGAGCCCAACAACUAUAACGGACUGGAAUCUUGCGGCAUGAUAAGCUCAUCGGGUUGGAACGAUAUGCCAUGUACAAGCGCAUACCCCUUUGUGUGCGUUGAUGUGUCCUAA